GUUUAUAUAGCGAUAUUACCUGUAAGAGUAGAGUCUGCAUGAGUGGCAUGUGUUUGGAGACAUGUCUCAAGCCUCAAGGACCAAGAAACCCGACGUGAAAAUCGUCAUUCUAGGGGACAUGAACGUGGGAAAGACUUCUCUCCUCCACAGAUACACGGAGAGGAAAUUUAAGGACACUAUAAGCACAGUCGGAGGGGCGUUCUUCCUCAAACAGUGGGGACCCUACAACAUUUCCAUAUGGGACACUGCAGGUCGAGAGCAGUUUCAUGGCCUGGGCUCCAUGUACUGCCGUGGUGCGGCUGCAGUCAUCCUCACCUAUGACGUUACCAACUGGCAGAGCCUGGCUGAGUUGGAAAACCGCUUCCUGUCCCUGACCGACACUGCCAACACCGACUGCAUAUUUGCCAUUGUGGGUAACAAAGCAGACCUUACUGAUGCUCUCGCUCAAGAGCCAGAACCAAAGAGCGAGCGACGGGACGAACCCCAGCCUGUGGUCACCUGUCCGACUCCUCCUGCCACUCCGCUUCAGCACAAACAGGUCAGCAGAGAGGACGCCAUCGCCCUGUACGGCCGUGUGCUACUCUACAAAGGCCUGGAGGAGAAGGCCUGUCUGCCUGCUGAGAGGAUGUGCUUUGAGACAAGCGCUAAAACGGGGUACAAUGUGGACAUUUUGUUUGAAACCCUCUUUGAUCUGGUUCUGCCCUCCAUCCUGAAGAAAAGGAGUGAGGGAGAAAAUGCCAUUGUGGACCUGGAGAUGCCAAUGGAGGUGAAAAAGACUAAAGCAGGAUGUUGUGCAGGACAAAUAUAGGAGAUGUGGGAUUGUGUUGUCAGUCAGUGCCAAAGGAGGAAUGGAUCAAAAUCGUAUCUAAACUAAUGCUAUGUACUGAACCCAAGCCCCCCACAGAAAAGUAUUAAUAAAAAAAAAAGUAAAAAAAAAAAAAAAAAAUACAUUUUCUUUGCAUUAAUGGAAUGGAGUGGAAAUAUUUUUAUUUAUUUUUUUUGGAAAUUAUAUAUGGACUAAAUUUAUAUUUUGUGAAAAUUACAUGAAUAUUUUCAGAUACUGCCGCACUUAAUCUAAUUUGGCAAAAAUAAAAAUUGCUGUAAUUUAAAAUGUAAUUUAUUCCUGUUAUGGUAAAGCUGAUUUUUCAGCAUCAUUACUACAGUCUUCAACAUCACAUGAUCCUUCAGAAAUCUAUAUAAUAUGCUGAUUCUUAUGCUCAUAUUUUAAUAUGCUAAUAUGCUUAUUAUAAGCAAUGUUGAAAACAGUUAUGCUGCUUAAUAUCUUCGUGAAAACCAUGAUUUUUUUUUUUUAUUAUUCUUUGAAUAGAAAGUUUAAAAGAACAUCAUUUAUUUAAAACAGAAUAUUUUUGUAACAUAAAUGUCUUUGCUGUUACUUUCGAAUUAUUGUUUCCUUGCCGAAGUAUUCAUUUCUUUAUAAGAAAGAAAGAAAGAAAGAAA